CUCUGUUGCCUGGGUAGCAGAGGCCGCUUCGUACUGAAUUCCCUGCAUUAGAGGACAAUCACUGCACUUAUGUGAAACUGGUCUCCAUUGACGGACAGGAUCACGUUACGGACGUCUUGAGAAAAUGUCCGACCUUGUUGCUGUGUGGGAAGUUGCACUCAGUGAUGGCGUCCACAAGAUUGAGUUUGAACAUGGAACUACGUCUGGAAAAAGAGUUAUAUAUGUGGAUGGGAAGGAGAUAAUCCGGAAAGACUGGAUGUUCAAACUAGUUGGAAAAGAAACCUUCCCAGUGGGAGCCUCUCAAACCAAGGCGACUAUAAACAUAGAUGCCGUCAGUGGCUUUGCCUAUGAAUACACAUUGGAGAUAAAUGGUAAAAGCCUCAAAAAGUAUAUGGAGAACCGCUCUAAGACCACCAAUACAUGGGUACUUCAUAUAGAUGGGGAGGACUGCAGAGUUGUAUUAGAGAAGGACACCAUGGAUGUUUGGUGCAAUGGCAAAACAAUGGAAACUGCGGGUGAGUUUGUAGAGGAUGGCACAGAGACACAUUUCAGUAUUGGGGACCAUGAUUGCUGCAUCAAAGCCGUUAGCAGCGGGAAAAGGCGAGAAGGAAUCAUUCAUACCCUUAUAGUGGAUGAGCGAGAGAUCCCAGAGACUGUGGAAUAGCAGAAGAAACCUUUAGUGUCCUUCAACAAAUGACAAUCAGGGAUAGAACUCUUACUACUGCUCUGGGUCUUAAUUAAGCCUGACUUCCCCAUCACAGAUAGAGCUUGCAAUGCACAAGCACUACAUAGCUUUGCAUUGAUGGCUCCUAUGUGAUAAGGUUAGGCUGUCAUUGCUGUUGUGAUAUAUUAAUAGGUUUUAAAUAUAUGAAGCAGUCCAAUAGCAUUCUAUAAGGUAAAUGCUCAGAAAUAAGAAUUCUAUAGAUAUAUUACUGAACAAUGGAUACGUGGGUCUGUUAGCAGCUUGUGAAUUAAUCUCUACAUGCCGGUAAAAUAUUUCAGGCAGACACAUAGAAUGAUCUAGGAGAAGGAUGAAGAGGUGGUGAUCUUUGGCACAGUAAAAUACAUUCUUUGGCCUAUUUAUUAUCAAGACACUACAAUAUGUUGAAGAGACACUGCAAAGACCAUAUUUAAGAGGAAUUGGAAAGAUAGAAGAAAAUUUGCCACCACAUUUCCUGUACUACAGGCAACGAAAUGUUAAAUAAAUAGCCUGUGAUCAUGUUUUUUCUACAUUUUUUACAGAACUUUAUUUUAAGAAUUAAGAGGUUUUUAUUAUGUUUUUAUGUGUUUAAAUUGUAAAUGCAUUUUUGCCCCUGCUAAUGAAUAUGCUGUUGUGAUAUUAACAGCUUCUGGAAAUUCAGGUCAGUCUUAUAAUAUUACUUUGUAAUUGAUGGGGUUCUAAUGUACAGAUUCAGCAACAAGACUAGGACGAAACUCAACAGUUUGCUAAAUUAAAGGGGCAUGAAAGACAAAAUAAUAAAAGACGACAAAAUGUAUUUUGUUUUUUUUAUUGAUGUUUCUUACGGAAUAAACGUACUUUUGUUUUUCAGGUUA